UGGCCUCUCCGGACGAGACCGGAAAGUGGAGAGGGCUUUACUCGUCGACGAGCUUUCGUCGUGGAGAGCGUGCGCGCGCGCGUGCUAACUCGAGGAGAAAGGAAAAACGGAGAGAAAGGAGGAAGAAGAAGAAGAAGAAGAGGAGGAGGAAGAGGAGGAAGAAGAAAAAGAAGAAGACAAAGAAAAAGGAGGAAGUAGAAGAAGGCGUUCGUUUCGAUUUUUCGCAUUUUAUCUCCAUGACGAAACUCGUUGAGGACGUUUGAGGAGAAAGAAAGAGUGAAGGAGAGAAAGAAAUAGAGAGAGAGAGAGAGAAAGAGAUUCGAAAUAAAAGGAAGGAAGUUAAAAAAGGAGAAAAGCCGAGACGACAACGACAAUAACGACGAUAACGACAAGAAGGAGGAGGUCGUCGUCGGUAGUGGUGGUGGUGGUGGUGGCGGCGGUAGAGGACGAAAGCGUCGGUCGAUCGUAAAAAUGUAAUGACCCGGCGACGAGAGAGGGAAGAGAGGUAGCUCCACUUGGAAAGUUUUAGCAGCAAGCUACGUCGUAACUCCGUGAACGAAGAAGCAUCGCCAACGGUAAAGCUCAUGGCGUGAAGCUCGAACAAUCGACCGGAAGGGGGAUUCGUGGCUAUCGUUUCUCUUUUCUUCUUUUCGUCGUCUCUGCGCGAAGAAUUCGAGCGAAAGCGCUCGAUCACAGAAAUCAGGAUGCACGCGGUUGGAUUGCACUCGGCGCUGGCCAUCAAGCGUCAGAGAAAGCGUCGGGACGAGCAACGUCGUGCUCGCGAGCGCCGUUAUAGCGCUCAAUCGGGUGAGAGCGGACUGACAUCGCCGAGAGCGUCUACCGGUUCCCUGGACCAUCAUCCGAGGCAUCACAAGGGAGGACACCCUAAUCGUGCUGCAGGACAAGGCAUGCUGGACACAAAGGUGGUUACUUCGAUUGGGAUGCUCCAUAUAGGAGUGGUCUUUUUGGUGUUGGGUGCAUUUUUACUGAUGAGCGGUCUUCUACCUGGUGACUUGGCUCACUGGAGUAGCAAGGGCUCUGGUGGUUGGUGGAACGAGCUGGUUGCUGUUGGUCUCUUUGCCAUCUUCGUCGGCAUCUUCCUGAUCAUUCUAAAUCGCGUAAUCGCUAGGAAGGAAGAGAACGAUCUCGAGGAAUACGUUCAAAGACAAUUGACCAGGUCCAGAUCUGGACAUAGAUUAGAAAGAGAUGUCGAAACUGGUGGGCUCACCACCAGACACGCCAGAAGAGUCAAGCAAAUGCAACAAAUACCGUCCGUCGGAUCGAUCACGACUCAAGAUGAAAAGAACUCGGAAAAUUCACCCCCGAGAAGCCCGCCGCCAGCUUACUCGCCACCCCCUGUUAUCAACGGCGAUAAUCAAAACAUACAGUCGGCCCUCUUCCUCGAACAAAUCACCGAAGAAGAAAUCAUCAGCGACCGAGUCGAGACAUCUACGACCAAUAGUCUCAGUCCUGGUUCACCUAGCGAAACGAGAGAACUCCUACAAAAUCCACGAUAUUCCAAGCAAAACGGAAAUCCACAACAGGCUCAUCGACCUCUCUACGUCUCUAGAAUUUAGAUGUCGAAUACCCUCUUAUUUCGUUUCAAUCGUUGUCCUUCAAUUUUCACGGGGAGAAUGAAACUUCUUUACGCGAAUAAAAUGCGAAUCGUUUCUUCAGGGUUAAAACCCUCAAACGUUUUCCCGUUUCAAGCGUCGAUAAAAUAGAUUUUUCGUUCUCGAAGAAAAAUCGUAUAUGUCGUUGGCGCGAAUCUCCUCCAUUGCAAAACUUGUUAUCUGUUCAUACGUUUCUUAAGAAAUCUUCUCCAUCUAUCUAUCAUGCUCGGCAUAUCUUGGAAAAUUUCAAAGAGCUAACAUAAUUUUCGUAUUCUCUUUCGAAGAGAGUUUCAAAGAUAAUAUUUGGUGAAAGGAACCAAUGCUUUAUCCUCUUCGAUGCAACAUUUCUCUGCCCUGAUUCAAGAACGUUCGAUUUGUCUUUGUUGAAAUUUUUUAUCGAAUCUUCUUAUUCAACAAAGAAAAUACCAUAUUUUCGAGCAUUCCUAACUAAAGGAUACGAACUUAGAAAUUAUUAUCAAAUUGAACGAUUAUACGAACUUCCACGAUUGGUUUGCAAUUUAGACAGGGGUCUAUGAAAGUUUGUAAAUUCACUUUCGACGAUCCUUUGCGAUGAUCGUAUAAACGUCAUGCCUUGCGUGACAUUGAUAUCAAUUUCCAUCAACGAGUAGAAGGUAUACUCUUGUCAAAUUAAGUUCAGUAUUACUCCAGGAGUUUGAAAUUUCUGCUUCGAAUCGGAUAGGCUCGUUGUAUCGAUUUAACCCUUUAACCACGAAGAGCAUACGCGUAGAUAUACGUCAAUCGAAUUAUGUCCCACGCAGCAUGUUAUCCAUAAUAUUAUCCGUUAUUACGUUAGUUUGGAUUUACGAAGGACGUGUCCAUAGAAACGUAAAAUUGAUUAGGAAUGUUUCGAAUACGUAAUCGCGGAUUUAAAGUAAAAAAUUUAAUUUAGUUAAAUUUAUUUAAUAGAAGAUAUACGAAUGAAGACUAGACCGUUAUUGUUACAUUUUUCUUAUUUAUAUAUUUAACGAGUACUUUCGACUUACUUUUUACUACCACACACUGCCCGUUCGCAUUUCUAUUACAUUCAAAGUGAAGUUUAUUAGUAACCUUGUGAAAUUCAUUAAUACCCUCAGCGACACUUACGCGAUUAAAGCGAUCAAGAAUUCCAACUUGUAUUAAAUUUUAAAUAGAUUCGUUUUACCGAGAAUAUGUAUUUCUUUCGUGUUAGAAAUCAUUCACGAUCGUAUCAAGGGAUUUUAAAGAAAAAUAGCACAUAAGUGUGGAUCUUCGUAAGUAAAGAUAAUACCUAUGCUAAAAAUAAUACACUAUAAUCGUGGAAGUUCAUUGCGUUUAAUUUUAUUUGCUAUGAGUAUUAUUUUCAAAAGACUAUUAAUAAUUUUAACAUUCCUUUUGCGAUUACAAUCGUUGUUUUUACACUUUGUCUAUAUAUUUUCUAAUCGGAGAAAAUAUAUAUUCGUUUAAUGUCGAUCAUCGAUUUUCAAACGUUUAUUUCGAAUCACGAAGAAACGUGAAAGUGCAGCGAUAUAACAAUCAUAUACGUUUGAUAUCAAUUUUUCAUAUCAUCGUUAAAUCCUUAAUCAGAUCGACAUCAUAAACGGAUGAAGCGGUAAAAUCUUUGUUUUUUUUGCACGAAGUUUGUAAAUACUCGGAAGAUGUUAAAAAACAUGAAAGUCUUUUAUACGUCAAGAUAAAUAAGAGACACGACCGAUAGAAGAAAUUUCCUUACGUAAAUAUAGCCAUUAUAAUUUUAUUUGUUUUAAUUUAUUUUAAUUACUCUCAUGGACAUUCGAUGGUUUUAUGAUGUCAAUACAUCUCAUAAUAUCUAACAUUCCGUAAACUAAUUGAAUAGUUCAUUAAACUUAAAACAUUCCAUGUUUAAAUUAUUUCAUGAAUUAAAUUCCGUGAAUUAAAUUAUUUCAAUAAAUAGGAACAAUGAAUUGUUUUAAUGCAUGUACUAUUGAAUCUUUUGAAAAAGCGUUCGAGAUUUCUUUAGAAAGCUCCUCGCAAAUUUUGCUUCUAUUAUAGUUCUUUGGGAAAGAAUGAAGAAGAUUCACUGUUUUCUUCUCGAUAUUUAUUUGCAGGUUUGUUUGAGCAAUAUAUAUAUAUAUAUAUAUAUAUAUAUAUAUAUAUAUAUAUAAAUCGUGUUUCAAGUUAAUCGAAAGUGAGAAAAUCGUUUAAAUCCUACGAGCUGAUCUUUGGAUCGCAUAUAUCGCCUACGAUAAAUAGAAAUCGUAUUUUCGUCCAAAUAAAGCCUUCGAAGAGGCUUUAUAUCUUUUUCAAUGUGAAUCGAUGUUUAAGCCGUGAAAUGAAGAUAAAUAGAGAUGUGCGAAUGUAAAAUUGAAGAAAAAUUUUAAAGAAACGAAAACUAAGCAUGUGUGUCUCUGUCGUACGAAAUAAUAUAUGUAAUUUUAAGAAAUCGAACGAGGUACGAUAAAAAAAAAACCUCGUGGCAAAUAUUUAGAAAUAAAUAUGAUCGGAUCUACAUAGAGUUUUUUCGAGGAUGACAAGACUCGUCGAAUUUACUUACGAACUUGACAGCCAACGUCGAUAUUACGAGAAAAGAGAAUGGAAUGUUUUAUUAAAAAUGAUGGAAAGAGUGAGUGAGAGUGAAAGAGAGAGAGAGAGAGAGAGAGAGAGAGAGAGAGAGAGAAGUGAUAAAGUAAAGAAUUUUCUCAUAAAUAUGCAAAAUAGAUGAAGUAAAAAAAAAAAGAAGAAGAGGAAGAAAAAAACAGAAAAUAAUAAUAAAAAAAGAAUAAAAUAAAAUAAAAUAAAAUAAAAAGUAAAAAAGAUAAGAAAAACCGGAGAAAACGAAUUCAAGGACCAAGAUAAAUUAAUCCGAAACGAAUGUUAGAGAUAAAGAGCACGAGGAAAGGAAAAUAGAGAAGAAACGAGAUCGAAAGAAGAAAUAAACAAAUGAAAUGAUCGAUUUUGAGAAUUUUUAGCAAGCGGCAUAUCGGAUUUCGCGUGUUCAUUGAAUGGAUUGUUUCAAUCGUAAAAGAAACGAAUAGAUUUUUGGCGACACAGGCGACGGGAGAAAGAGAUACAUAUGAACUAUUAUUAUUAAUCGUAAUUCUAACGUAUUAUCAACGCGAACAUACUCAUUAUCUAUAAACAUUUAAUUCGUCGAACGUCGGGACGAAACUUUUUUUUUUCUAUAAGUGGAUCAAAAUGGCCGACGUAUCGAUUAUCAGAUCCGAUCUCGACGUUCGAUCGGUAUCAAUCAUAGCGCUUGCAUUAAUUUCGUUUUUAAGAAAAUAGAUGAAGAUUUAAAAAAAAGAACAUUUGAUCGAUGUCUAUCUGUAAGUCGAUCGAAUGGAUGUUCUGACCACCUUAGGGACUUCCAUGAAACAGAAAAAAAAGAAAAGGUAAAGAAUUCUUUAGGAAUUGUAGAUUAUUUCUACUUGAUAGAUCGAUUAAAAUAAAAUUAGAGAAAGAACGAGAGAGAAAAAGAGAGAGAGAGAGAGAAAGAAAAAGAGAGAAAAGAGGAUUUUUCUCUUCCUCGCUUCAUCGAUCGAUCGGGAUUUCCAUUGAGAGUUUAUUUCUAUGUCAGAAACGUAAUAAACUCCUGCUAACUUCGGUUCGAUGUCAAUAUCUUCGAUAAAGAAUGAGAGAAAAGAAAAAGAAUUGAUAUUCAAAUCGAAGAAUUUCUCGCAUGAAUGUCCCUUCGGAGUGACGUGACGUGAAUCUAUGGGGUUGUUCUAUCGUCUCGUCAUCAUAAUUAUCUCAUAGAACAUCCCCGAUGUCCAGUGACUGAUAGUGCGCGUUAAUUUUAAGGUAGACGAUAAUUUUAAUAUGCUAUAUUCCAUUUUAUAUAAUACCUCGAAUGUUUACGUAUAUUACGCUAGUCGUAGAUUUAAAAGAUAAAAGGAGAGUUGACCUUCGAAAACGAUCCGAUUUGCACAGACCAAACGAGGUUAAAUUUCCUAUUCUUCUUUCUUUUUCUCUCUUUUCUUCUUUUUUUUGUUUAUCUUCGGAAUUUAAAGAUUUCGUCGUUGUUUCAAAUACGACGAUACCAUCCAAGAAAAUCAAAUUAUUUUCUUGUUUCUCUUUACCACUAAUCCUCGGAUCGUCUUCUAACGUCUUAGGUAAGAAUAUUGCCACGCUCGGGCGCUACCAUUCUGUGAUCCAAUGAAAAAAUAAGAUAAAAUAAAAAAUAAAAAAAAAAUUAAUUGAACUCGCAACGCAAAGAAGCGAAGGAAGGAGAAGAGAAUGGAAGGGAAGGGAAAAGUAAUAAGAGUAAUAAUUAAAAAAAAAAAAUCAUAACACGAAAAGAAAAAAAAAACAAGGGCAGAGAGACGAAUGAAAAAUGGAAUGUUCUUUCGAAAAAUCUUACUCUGUAAAUAUAUAUAUAUAUAUAUACAUAUAUAUAUAUUAUAUUAUAUUACAUUAUAUUAUAUUAUAUUAUAUUAUAUUAUAUUAUAUUAUUAUAUACACCUGUACCUUUUUUAAUUGAGACACUCUUAUACAUUUAUUAGAGAUUAAGGUGUCUCCACUUUUUGCAUUCCUGCGCAAUUCCAAUUUUUGUACGCUCUUGCAAAGACCGAUGGGGAAAUAUUAUUACAUGUAAUCGUAAAGGAAAUCGAAAAGAGUGGGAGAAUGUAUGUAUGUCCGAUAGAAAAAAGAACGUGAAAGAGAAAAGGAAAGAAAGAGAGAGAAACAGAAUGAAAGAAAAAGAGAGAUGGAUGCAUUUGUUAUGAUCAUACAAUUGAGUGAAAGUGCCUUUCACGAUGUUUCGUAUUCUUUGUAGCUUUUCGACGUCAAUGGGAAAGCACUUUGUCUUGUUUAUUAUCUUUAUUCUUAGUUAUUAUCUUUCGUACUUUGAUAUAUCAUAUAAAAAAAAAAGACAAAAAGAAACAGAAAAAUCUAUUAACAAGAGAUUUAAUAAAAAGAAACGUGUAAAACAAUGUCUCUUCAGCUUAAAUUUUACGAGAAACUUGCUAAUGUAUGUAUAUAUAUAUAUAUAUAUAUAUAUAUAUAUAUAUAUAUAUAUUAUAUACAUAUGUAUGUAAAUACAAAUAUAUAUAUAGUAAGUAUAUAUAUAUAUAUCUGGUAAGUUUUAAUGCUCUGUUUAUAAUUUUUCUCUUUUUAUUUUGUCAACAUAAUUAAGAGAUACUUCUCGCAUUCCCAGGACCGAAAGCCUGACAUAGUUAAACUAAUUUGAAAGAACUUAAUUUUAAACGGUGCAUAAUACUUCUUUACUUCGCUCAAACUUGUGAAUUGUUUAAAGAUAAGAGAAACAGAAGAAAAUUGAAAGGAAACAAGAAAAAACAAGAAAUAGGAAAGAAAUGGUAUCGUCGUUUAUCUAUACUAUACUUCUUCCCCUUCGAUUAAAAUCGUGCUCUAAUUCUAUACAAGUUGACAAACUUUUUUAUCAUUGUACAUUAUAAAAGAGAGUGAUUUUUUAAAUGCAUGAAAAAUACUGUGUAUAUACAUAGAUACAUACAUACAUACACACACAUAUACAUACAUACAGACAGAUGUACCUACGUACGUCCAUACAUACAUGCAUACAGACAUACAUACAUACAUAUAUAUAUAUAUAUAUACACACAUUUAUUUUUUAGAUUGUUGCGUAAUUCCUAUCAUAUUCCACGGGCUUACGUCAGAAUUCUCUCGUCAAAAAGAUGUAAAUUUGUUUACCUUCAGAAUCAAUGAGAAAUGAGCUGCCCGUUACAGUUGCAGAUAACAAUGAUCGAUUAUAUUUAUUUCUGUUUCUCUCUCUCUCUCUCUCCCUCUCUCUCUCUCUCUUUCUCUGUUUAAUAUUAUAUCAAGGAUAGAAAUGAUGCAACAAUCUAAUAUAUUCUUCCAUGAUUGGCAAAUAUGUCUGUAUCUUCUUUUCUCUUUAUGAUCGGUAUAUCUACCGAUUCGUCGAUCCGAGGUGCAGUUCUAUUCAAAAAAUAAGUGGUACAAUUUAUUUAUUACCACGUAGCUGUUAACUUCGAUUUAACGAAGAAAGAAAGGAAAAAAAGAAAAAGAAAAAGAAAUAGAAAAACGAACAAAAAAAAGAAGAAAAGAAGAAAAAAACAAAAACAAAAAGUAAAGAGAGCAGAGAGGAGAACAUAAUUUUAAAGUGCGAAGCUUCGCGGCUUUUAAAAUCGAUCUUAAAAAAUGUUAUGAAUGAUCGAAAAAAAAAAAGAAAACGAAAAUGGCAUUUCUUUGUAAUAACAAGUUGUCGUGAAAACUUAUAUACCGGAGACACGAUAAUCCAUUUCUUUCUUUUUUUGAAUGAGAGAAUUUAGAUCGGACAUAUCUAAAUACACAUAUUUAAGUACAUAGAUUGUUCGAUCGUCGAGAUAUAUGAGCGUGAGUAUGAGUGUGUAUACGUGUGUUUGUGCGUCUGUGUAUGCCUGUAUGCUUGUGUUUGUGAUCUGUUUUGAAACGAAGGGAAAAAGGUGUAAAGGCUUAGUGUUAAGGCCAAGUUUUCGAUUUAACGAGAAACUUAGAACGAAGAAAGGAAAAAAAGAAGGUACCCUAGAUUAUAUUUAGAAGUUUAAAUAUUACACACAGCCGAUUACGAUAUACGUCUUGUCUAAGAGACUAAUACGUUAUUAUUCCAACGUUACGCUCUUCUAUUCGAGUUAUUAGAAGGUAUCAGAACCAUCGCGUAGGAUAAAUCGAUCGACGUCACGUGCCGUUGACCUCGAGAGUUCAUGUAGUUACAUACGUAGCUACGUACUACAUACAUAUGUACAUACGUGCUACUUGAAGCAUCAGAGUCACACGGUAACGUGCAAUGAUCGUCUCGUCCGAUCCGAUUACAUUCAGAAAGGAUUUAUAUCACGCGAGUUUCUAAUUUAAUCGAGGAUGGUACAAACGUUUGAUUGAGAAUUGCCAAGGAUGAUUUGAAAUGAUGUACUUGAACAAUCAUCGAUCGUUAUGAUCAUUAUAAAUAUUUUUUCAAGGACAUUUCUUUGUAAAAAAAAAAGAAAAAACAGUACAGAUUCUUCAAUUUCUUGGUCACCAGAUCUCUCUUAUUAGUUUUUCUUUCCUUUUUAUUUCCUUCGUUCUUUUUUUUUUUUUAAAUACCCAUUUAAAGAAGUUUCGUAGGUUUUGUUUAUCUAAAAUAAAAGAAUAGAUUUUUCUUUUUUUAUAUUUUAUUAUACACAUAGUUAGAAGAUCUUAGAAGGAGUCUCGGGAACUCUUAGAAGCGUAUACACCAUGCUUUGAGAAUCAUUGACGUAGAAAGAGAGCUUUUUCCGUAGAUAAGAAAAAAAGGAACAAGGAAAAAGAUUUUUCAAAGACUAUGAAUUCUUUUCCUCCAUGCAUUUGGUCCAUAACGAUCUAUCGAUCCUCGAAGAAAUUGAGGAAAUAGAUCUUUCUCUCUGUCUCUUUCUAUCUCUUUCUUCGUGUAUGCACCCUUUUGUCUCUCCUCGUUGUCCCGAGGCGAACCGGCGAAAGGCGAUUCUUCGAAAAUUAAGGACAAUGUUUCCGAGCCGUUUGCGACGAUGCUUGCGAGGGGAAAAAAUAAUAUAAAAAUAACAAGCCCGCGUUUGGGAAGUUGGUCGAUGAAGAGAAGAGUAUCGGUAUAUACACAUAUAAUCGUUCGAUGAGACGUUUCUUCGUUGGUUCAACGAGGAAGGAGAACUUUUUUUAUUUUUCUCUUGUUCUUUUUUUGGAUUUCUAAGUUGUUCGUCGACGAACAUAAUGAAUUUACGUGAUCGUUAGUAAAAGUCCGAUAACGAGCGAAAAGGAAAAAAAGAAAAACGAAUUACGAAAAAAAGUAGUUUAAAGCAGACGUGUCAAACUUAUUUUAUUUCUUCGAUCGAUUAUGCUAAUUAAAUCAUAGUCGUGCGUUGCCAAGAGUUUCUUAGAUCCAUUUCAAUUCUCUUCGCAAAUUCUUUUCUUUUUAUUCUUUUUUCUUUUUUUUUUUUUUUAAUUCAACUUAUUUCCAUGCGUCAAAAAUUGAAUCAGUAGAAUAUCUUUUUACGCUUUACAAUAUCUUUAUAAUUUCUUUAACGCAAUGAGAAAAUUUGUUUGACAUGUACUUCUUUAAAUAAAAAAAUACGUAUGUACCUUCUUCGAGUGUUACCGAUCAACAUGAGAAAAAUCAAUCGAGUGAUUUCGUUUUUCGUAGCUUUAAGAAUAUUAAUAUCGUAGCGAGAAACGACGAAGUGAUCGCAUGAAAAAUGAUAAGAUAAAAAAAAAAGAAAAGAAGAAAAAAAAAGAAAAAGAGAAGAAAGCGAGAAAAUCGAGGGCCGAUAAGCGAGCCGUAAAAAUCGUAAUCAUUCUCAUAGUUACUAAAAUAUUAUCACAUCACUAUUUGCAAUUUACUGCUACCUACAAUUAUUACUAUACGAUUAGCAACUAAUAAGCUUUCUUAUGCCAUUUCUCUAUUGUACCACUUAUACAUUUGACGCACGACUUUUUCGAGAAUAAAUCUUUAUGAAACGCUCCAUUCUUUUGUAA